GGAAGAAAUUCCUGUGCAUGAGGAAUUCAUUUUAUGUUGUGGAGUUGAAACCCAGGUUCUAAAAUGUGGUCCCUGGACUGACCUCAUUAAUGAUCAAAGUGCCAACAGACCUAAGCUGCUUAUUUUUAUUAUUACUGGAAACCAGAAGAUACAAAGUAAAGAAGAAAUCAGUAAAAUUUGACAAGGAUGACAAAGUUUACAUCGAUGCAGCACAACCCUGCCAUUAAUUGCAGAGAGGGGAAAACCUAAUACCUUGAAGAAAUAGAUAAGUUGAUUGGAGAAAUAGAUCCUGAUGGAAAUGGAUUUGUAUUUAUGAAGGCGUUAUACAGAUGAUGAUUGCAAGGUAACCCAGGUUUUUCUGCCUUUUAUGCACCAUUUGCAAAGGCUUUGUAUUCUUCAACAAAAGGACAGUUUCCAGUUUGGGUUAUCAGCCAUGCUGGGCAUGCCAUGGCCCCCAAAGGCAAGAAGAUUCUUACAACCUCGGAUGAUCCAAAUGCUCAAGAAAUUAAGGACAUCUAUGGACUCCGUGGUCAAGUCGAACACAAAUUAGCUUUCCUGAGAACUCAUGUGCCAAAGGAAAUGAAACUUGUGGUCAUCGGCCAUUCUAUAGGCUGCUAUAUUUCCCUUCAGAUUUUGAAGCAUGGCCCUGAGCUCCCAAUCAUUCGCUGUUUUCUGCUCUUUCCAACAAUUGAGCGAAUGUCUGAGUCACCCAACGGCAAGAUCACCACUCCACUUGUGUGCUGGUUUCGAUAUGCUCUCUAUAUUCCUGUCUACUUAUUACUCAAACCAUGGCCUGUGAAUAUCAAGUCCUUGAUGGUGAGAAUGUGCCUUCGAAUGAUGAACCUACAGAGUCCAUCUGAAUUUUCGUUACUGAAUAUGUUGGAACCAUCCUGCCUCGUUAAUGUUGCCUACCUUGCGAGCCAAGAAAUGAUGGAGGUGGUGAAGAGAGACAACGAAACCAUAAAAGAACAUUUAUCUAAGCUUACAUUUUACUAUGGUACCAAGGAUGCCUGGUGUCCAAAAGAGUACUAUGAGGACAUGAAGAGAGAUUUUCCAGAGGGAGAUAUUCGACUCUGUGAGAAAAUGAUGCCUCACGCUUUUGUCCUCCAUUUCCACCGGGAAAUGGCCGCCAUGGUAGCUGCCUGGCUGAAGGAUGAUCUGUCCAAAGUGCAGCACUGACGCCCAGGAGCAAGCCCCGACAGCUAGCACAUGCAGGCAGUGGGUGUACUGCCCCUUGGUAGUACGGGGUGGACUUAGCAGAUAAUCGUUUAUUUUAAUGUUUGAUAUUAGAAGAGAAAAAAGUGAGAACCUCUUGGCUCAUCCACUGUCAGCUCCCAGCUCUCCACGCUGCAGGCUGAAGUAAAUAAACACAGGUGAUGAAAUAUUCCAGAGGGUUAAUAACACAUUUUCCAAGACUCAGGGAACACCGCGAUCUAAACAAGGGCUCUUACGUUUGCAUGAGAUGCCCACUGGCACCAUAUAGUUUAUUUGGUAGGCAGGAUCCUUUAAGAUAAAAGGAAAUUUAAAUUUAGUUGGUUUUAAUUGGGUUACAAUGUAAAAUAGGCUCUUCUAGAGGAAAUUACGAAAGACCUACUACAAAAUGUAAAAGAGACCAAUGAGAGUUAAAUGUGUAGUCGCACAUUUAACAGGAGAAGGGUGCUCUCAAGUUCCAGUAGCAGGAAGAGGAGAGUGGAUGUGGGCAGUGGACCCAGGUCUCCCUUAAGGACAGAAGGGAGAUCGUCAGAAUCAGAUUGGACACCAGGACAUCCUGCAUGCCGCACCUGUUCCAGACCCCCAGGUUAGCCUUUGGUCUGGCCCCCAAGGGCACAAGCCCAAGCAGAGCCAAUGGCAGGGGAAGCCCUGCUUGUCUCCUUCCCUGUGGAAUGUCACUUCCUCAUCUACCUGCAUUAGAGGAUCGAGUCCGGCAGACAUUCCUCCCAUCAGCUAAGAAGGAUGAAUAAUUAUCGAAGGGUCCUAACUACUCCUCCCUCCACAGACAGUCAGCAACCUCUGGUUCUGAGCUCCCUGCAGGCUCCUGGGAGCCAGGAUGGAGGCACCGGACUGUCCCACAUCAGCCCUGUACCUGCCACAUGCAAGUGCCCGUUCUGGUGGUUUUUACAGUCCGACUCCACUGAGACCGAGCAGUGAGCCAAGUACUGUAUAGGCAUUGAGGAUAGAUUGUUAGCUACAUUAUGAUUCUUUUCUUCUGAAAAUCUUCUAGGAAGUAAUUUUUGAAAGGGCAUCUUUAAAUUGCUGAAUAGAGAAUUACCAUAAAUGAGUUCUCCAUUUCUGCAUUAGCUUUGUUAGUUGGAAAGAAAUUAUUGUACUAAUGAACCAAAACAAGCUCUUAAGUGACGUGAAUUCAACCUCCUCUGGAUGCCUUGAGGUCCAGCAAAGAAGAAGCUUGUUCCCCAGCCUAGAGUGGGCUGACAAUAUUGCUUCCUUCCCUAAAUCGACUCAAUCCUGGGAACUUAGGGGCCAAUAAAUCCCUCUGACUGCAGAGCCAGUUGAUAAUAGAAACAUUCCAUUUUCUCCCAGGGGAAAUCCCUCACGAUGUUAUCAUUCCUUAAAGACCUAGGAUGCUGUCCUUCCUCUCAAAACCUAAAGGCCCCUGAAGAAAUAUUCAGCUCUGAUGUGCUGCCAACCCUGUGGUGAGUGGCGAAUGAGUUACGAUCCUUUAGCAUGGCUUCUGCAUCGGAGCAAAGGACUUUCAGAGGAGAGGAGCCAAGCUCCAGGCAGGGAGUGCUCUUGGCCCCAGAAAGGAACUGAUAGAUGCAUAAGCCUUUGGCACAAAGCUGCAAAGUCCUUACUGGCAUCUGAGUGAGGAAUCUUCUAGAAAUCUGACGUUGGAAGCAUGGCUCUGAAGUGCCUUGCAUACAGGAGAUGCUCAAAUACCAACCUGAAGCACGUACUGGGUAAAUGAUGCUACUGAAAUAAAAUAUAACACCCCCAGCUUUUUUUUUUUUUUUAGUGUUAUUAUAUAACAUCACUGCAUAUUUCAAGUCCACAUGUAUGAAAUUAUAUCUGAUAAACCAAAGUAUACCAGAGCUUAAAAAAUGAUAAGUAAAGUGAUAAAGUAAAAGAUACGGGCUCUUAUUUCCUGUUUAUCAUCUCAGCACCAAAUGAAUUUUUGAAAUGUUUUCCCCACACUUUAUGACCUUGCCUGGCCUGAUCUCUGUAGGUUGGGAGAGGGAGGGGGCAGGUACAAUCUUAGCAUUCUCCUGAAUUAGACUUGGGUCAAAGUCUCUCUGUUAAAUUGAAAAGUCACCUUCUCAAUGCUUUUAGAGAAGGAUGAAUCAGAUUUCAGGAGAUUGAAGUUCAUUUUAUUUUAUUAGGAAUUAAACAAAAAUGUUUCCAUGCAUAUGUACGAGGUGAUAAGAUAUAUAAGCUCUGGAAGCCUUUUCAAUUGUGUGGUUUUUAGACAACUUCAUCUAAUUUCUCUGUGCUCACUGUCAUUAUUUAUAAGAUCGGAUUAAUAAUAAUAUGUACUUCAUACUAUUGGAAGAAUUCAAUGGAAUGAUAAAAUGAAAGCAUUUGGUGCAAUGCCUGACCAAGAGUAUCUUCUCAAUAAAGACUGGCUGUACUAACAAGUGUUACUAUUAAACAUCAUCAUUCCGUCCUGGUGCAGUGGAGACAUAUCCAACUAGGGACUGUGAGGUGGCGGGUUCGAUCCCUGGCGUUGCUCAGUGGGUUAAGGAUCCAGUGUUGCCAUGAGCUGUGGUGCUGUGGUUGUGGCGUAGGCCGGUGGCUACAGUUCCGACUAGACCCCUAGCCCAGGAACCUCCAUGUGCCACUGGUGCGGCCCUAAAAGGACAAAAGAAAAAAAAAUCAUCAUAACAAAAAAGUGAACGAAAGCCUAAAGCUGCUAAGGAGUGGAUGAAGUCCAAUUUCCAAAAGCAUUUCUGCCUGUAUAUUCCAGUCGGCCACUCAGAUGGUCCUUUGCAAAGACAGUCAUUUCCUCUGGGGCUACCUAGUGUUGAGUGAAAGGCCUAAGCCGGAAUCGUGACCGCUGCCUGCGUUGUCCCCAGCCUGCUCUGGGCCAUGCAGGAGGACCUCCAGAGGUGGCGUUCGUGCAAGAUGUCCGAGACAGCGGCCCUCUCACCAUCAGCCUCUCCAGUGGCCUCCAAAGGCUGGAUUUUUCUUCAUCCUAUAGUGCAUUAAAAUGUAACUCCAGGUUUGAAGAGACACAGCUUGAUGCGGCACCUGAUUCUGGAUUAGCUGGUUUUAUUAUAAAAAACAUUGCUGAAACAACUUGCAAAACAUCACUGAAGGGGAUGUGAGGAAUAGCAGGAAGGAAAUCAGUGUUAAUUUUCUUCCUUUUUUUUUUUCUUUGCUUUUUAGGGCCGCACUUAUGGCAUAUGGAAGUUCCCGGGCUAGAGGUCAAAUUGGAGCUGCAGCUGCCGGCCUACACCACAGCCACAGCAAUGCCGGAUCCUUAACCCACUGAGUGAGGCCAGGGAUAGAACCUCCAUCCUCAUGGAUACUAGUCAGGUUCGUUACCACUGAGCCACAGUGGGAGCUCCCAGUGUUAAUUUUCUGAUUUCAUUGGUCGUACUGUGGAUAAAUGGAGAGUGUCCUUAUUUGUACUGAAGACACAUUGAAGCCUCUGGGAUCCAUGGGACAUGUCAGUUUACCCUUAAAUGGUUCAGAGGGAAAGGCUGUUCUUUGUACUUGCAACUUUUUUGUAAGUUUGAGAUGAUUUUGAAAUUUAUAAGAAUAAUUAUUAAAACAAACACCACCA